AUGGUACAUCAACUUGAGCCACGUUAUCAUAUCCCGUCACGAACUCACUUUACCAACAAUGUAAUACCUCAAAUUUACGCCCAGACAAAGGAAAUAGUAAAUCAAAAAUUAAAUGAGGCUGAUUUUGUUAGUAUCACCACAGAUGGCUGGACAUCGAGAUCCACGCAGAGUUUCAUAACUGUCACUGCCCAUUUUCUCAAACCAUUGCAGACAGUUACCACACUGUUAUGUUCAGAGCAAACACCUACAAUUUCUAUAAUACUUCCAUUAAAGAAAAAAAUCAUUGAAUCUGUAGAACCUGUGUUUUCGACUGCUGGAGAUAUAGUCUCUGCUCAAAGAAAUUGUUUACACCCUGAUAAUGUGGAUAUCCUCAUCUUUUUGAAAAAUAACUUUAAUUUAUCAUAA